UGAAAAGUCCUGGUCAAUACUUUCCGACAGGCUGUGCCAAAUAAAGAAAUCCAUACAGUGCAGAGUGGGAGGAGGAGCCGCUCUGCUCCUGUGAUGACAGAAAGCGUGUUUUAUCGGAUCGUUGAGACAUUUAGUGCUGCUGAGGUUUGAUGUUUCAGGUGAUUAAAACUGAGCUCAGUGGACAUGAAGUUCUUGUAGAGUCCAAGGUUUUGACCUCUGAACCUGAACCAUGAGCGCCGUUGAGAUACCGGCCGGUCUGAGAGAGCUGCUGCAGGGAUACACGGUGGAGGUGCUCCGUCGGAGGCCUCCAAACCUGGUGGAGUUUGCUGUGCAGCAUUUCACACAGAUUCUGGAGAGCCAGAGGAACGAGCAGCGAGCCAAGAAACGCAGCAACAGACCUGCACGGAAAGGAGUGACCUUUGAAACCAAGUCAGACAAACCCAGCAAAGAUGACGAAGAGGAGGAGGAGGAAGAGGACACUGUUAAGUCCACCACCGGCAAAUACAACCGCAGAGUUUCAGUUUGUGCAGAGGCGUACAACCCCGACGAUGAUGAGGAUGACGAUACGGAGCCUCGGGUCGUGAAUCCAAAAACAGACGAGCAGCGACGGCGGCUUCAGGAUGCAUGCAAAGAUAUUUUACUGUUUAAAACACUGGACCAGGAGCAGCUCUCUGAGGUUUUGGACGCCAUGUUCGAGGUGUUGGUCAAACCUCAGGAGCACAUAAUCGACCAAGGAGAUGAUGGAGACAAUUUCUACGUGAUAGAGAAAGGUGUUUAUGAUAUUCUGGUGCAGAAAAAUGGAGCGAGUAUUUGUGUGGGAAAGUACGACAACAAGGGCAGUUUUGGAGAGCUGGCUCUCAUGUACAACACGCCGAGAGCCGCCACGAUCGUUGCGACGCAGGAGGGCGCCCUGUGGGGCCUGGAUCGAGCCACAUUCCACAGACUGAUUGUGAAAAACAACGCAAAGAAGAGGAAGAUGUAUGAGGCCUUCAUCGAGUGUGUUCCUCUUCUGAAGUCCCUGGAGCUCUCAGAGAGAAUGAAGAUUGUAGAUAUUUUGGGAGCCCGAGCGUACAAACAUGGAGACCGAAUUAUCACACAGGGCGAGAAAGCCGACUGCUUCUACAUUGUGGAAUCAGGAGAGGUGACGAUUAUGAUCAAAAGCAAAACGAAGGCCGGUCAGCAGGACAACACAGAGGUGGAGGUGGCUCGAUGCUCCAGAGGACAGUACUUUGGAGAGCUGGCACUGGUCACCAACAAGCCUCGUGCAGCGUCGGUUUAUGCCGUGGGAGACACCAAAUGUUUAGUAAUUGACAUCCGGGCCUUUGAGCGUCUGCUGGGACCCUGCAUGGACAUCAUGAAGAGGAACAUCUCCCAGUAUGAAGACCAGCUGGUGGCGCUGUUUGGCUCCAGUGAUGAUUUGAAACACUAGGUCACAAACUGGAAACCCGUUUUUUGUAAUCCCACGUAGUAACAGUGCCUGUAGCAAUUAUCUUCCCCCUGUUUGUUUUACAUCACGUUAAAUGAAGUCUUCCUUGUACAACUCUGCACUGAGGUAA